UUUGCACAGACUAGUAGGACAUCCGAAAGUUCGCUCUCGUAGGCAAAAAGUAGAAGUUGCCAAGCAAGUGUUGGAGAUCAGUGUGUUGCCUGGCUGUUGGGGUUAAGUACUGUGAGCACAAAGAUGCUAAGCGGCCCCAUUUUCAUUGUAGUUUUUAUUAUUAUUUCCAGUUCAGGGUCUCGGUUUCCUGUGCGGCUUGUUUGUAGCUACUAAAGAUGGCCGGUGAUGGAGGCGCAUUGAAGGAUAUCAAUGAGAUUAAAUCCCAGUUCCGGACAAGGGAGGGUUUUUACAAACUGAUAACCCUUUCGGAUUCGCAACAGCGGGGCGGGGUACCCCGGGGACCCUCCACAAACGCAGCCGUGGGUCCUGGGGCAGGACCUGGUUCGAUUCCCGGAGGUGGCGGAGCAGCUCCGAUUCUGGGGCCCGGAGCAGCCUCCACUGCCGCAGCCGCCUCCUCUUCCCAGACCGGCUUCUUGCCCCCUGUCCGGAUCUCUAUGGUAAAACUUAAGCCUGAAGACCCAAGCGAGGAAUCGGAGCGAGUGUGUUUCAAUAUCGGCAGGGAACUUUAUUUCUAUACCUACACCAACAUCAAGAAGGCCCUGGACCUCAGCAAACCGAUCGACAAGCGUAUUUACAAAGGCACCCAGCCCACCUGCCACGACUUCAACCAGUACUCGGCCACGGCCGACAGUGUCUCGCUCAUCGUUGGCUUCUCCGCCGGACAGGUGCAGUACCUGGACCCCAUCAAGAAAGAGACCAGCAAGCUCUUCAACGAGGAGAGGUUGAUAGACAAGUCCAAGGUGACCUGCCUCAAGUGGCUUCCUAAGUCAGAGAACCUGUUCCUGGCAUCGCAUGGCAGUGGACACCUCUACCUGUACAACGUGGAGCACACCUGCGGCACAACGGCACCGCAGUACUCUCUGCUCCGCCAGGGUGAGGGCUUCGCCGUCUACGCCUGCAAGACCAAGACGCCCCGCAACCCGCUGCUGCGCUGGACUGUGGGCGAGGGUGGGCUCAACGAGUUCGCCUUCUCGCCCGAUGGCACGCACCUGGCCUGCGUGGGCCAGGACGGCUGCCUGCGUGUCUUCCACUUCGACUCCAUGGAGCUGCAGGGCGUGAUGAAGAGCUACUUCGGUGGCCUGCUCUGUGUCUCCUGGAGCCCCGAUGGCAAGUACCUGGCCACAGGCGGUGAGGACGACCUGGUGACCGUGUGGUCCUUCUCGGAGAGCCGGGUCAUCGCCCGGGGGCACGGGCACAAGUCGUGGGUGAACGUGGUGGCCUUUGACCCCUUCACCACCAGCCUGGAGGACGAGGAGCCCAUGGAGCUGAGCGGCAGUGAGGAGGACCUGCAGGAGGCGCUGCACUUUGGCCGGGUGCGCACCAGCAGCACCCUGUCGCGCCUGUCCCGGCACAGCUCCAAGGGCGGGGCACCCUCCGUCACCUACCGGUUUGGCUCGGUGGGGCAGGACACCCAGUUCUGCCUGUGGGACCUGACGGACGACGUGCUGUACCCCCGGCUGCCCCUCUCCCGCGCCCGCACCCUCACCAACACCCUCAUCCCGCCCUCGGGCAGCGGGGCCAGCAACCUGGGGGGCGUGGCCACAGAGGGCUCUGCCUCUGGCCACGGCUGCCACCACGCCCAUCCAGCCCAGCCACCACCCCUGCCCCGGUCCCUGUCUCGGUCCAACUCCCUCCCCCACCCUGCCGUGGCCAACGCCUCCAAGAGCCCCAGCGCCACAGAAGGGGGUGGGAGCGGGUCUGGUGGAGGGGGUGCACCAUUCAGCAUCGGGCGCUUUGCCACCCUCUCCCUGCAGGAGAGGAAGUCGGACAAAUCGGCCGCGGCGGAGAAGGAGCACAAGCGCUACCAUAGCCUGGGCAACAUCAGCAAGAGCAAUGACAAGAUCAACGUGGCAGCACCGCGGGGGGGCGGCAGCAGCCGGCUGGAUGCCGCCAAGGUGCUGGGCACCACGCUGUGCCCGCGCAUGACCGACGUGCCCCUGCUCGAGCCCCUCGUUUGCAAGAAGAUCGCCCACGAGCGGCUCACCGUGCUCAUGUUCAUGAGUGACUGCAUCAUCACCGCCUGCCAGGAGGGCUUCAUUUGCACCUGGGCCCGGCCUGGCAAAUCGAAUCUGACAGCACAGAAUGGGAGUUCUCCCAGUGGCACGGUGGUAUAGCCGGGGCAGAACUGCUUCCCCCCUCUUCACUCACCAAAGCCAGAUUUGGGGAUUCGGCCCGUUACUUCGGGGGACGCCCUUUUGCACCACGUCACCUCUCUUGCUCCAGGAAAGACGACAAAUAAAAACGGACUUCCACUCUUUCCCGUGAGCCUUGGAGAAGACCACCUCAUUUCCUGAAACGCUACAAAAUGAAAGCCACGACUGUUGUAUUUUAUUUAUUUUAAAUUAAG